AUGGAUCCUAAAAAGCGUAAAGUGGACAGUGAAAAUAGGAGGUUUCUGGCAGAAUGGACUGAAGAAUAUUGUUUUACGCUGCCUGAUAGGCCUCAAGCGGUUCCAGUGUGCCUUAUAUGUAAUAAAACUGUCGCUAUUGUUAAAAGUGGCAAUUUGAAGCGACACUACGAAACAACUCAUCAGCAAUUUCACAAAAACUUUCCUCUUGGCAGUAAGGCUCGUAAAGAAAAACAUCAGGCAUAUCUCAGUUCUUACAAAAAAAGCACGAAAUUACUAGUUCGUUGCAUGAGUGAACAAGAAAAAUCUACAGAAGCAGCGUUACGUGUAUGCUGGACACUUAAUAAACACCAGAAACCAUUUUCAGAUUCUGAGAUAGUAAAGGAAUCGAGAAGUAAUACCCGAAGAACGGAAAUUUUAGCUGCUGAUAUUAAAAACACUCUUUUUGAACUUCUGCAAAAGGCACCUUGCUACGCCAUAGCACUUGAUGAAUCAUGUGACAUUGUUGAUGAUGAACAAAUGUCUAUUUUCGUAAGAUUUCUUGACAUUGAGUGUCAGAUUUUUAGGGAAGAGUUGCUAGCAGUAUUGCCGUUGAAAGGUAACACUCGAGGAGAAGAUUUAUUCAAGGUCAUUGAUGAAUUUAUUACUAAAUCUAACAUUAGUUAUGAUAAAAUGGUGUCGCUUUCAACUGACGGGGCCCCAGCAAUGAUUAGCAAAGAAAAAGGUGUAGUAAAGAGAAUCAGGGAUAAAAACUUAGGUCUAAUAUCGUAUCAGUGCAUAAUUCACCAGGCAGCCCUUUGUGGAAAACUUAGUGCUACACUGAAAGAAGUGAUGGAAAGCUUGGUCAAGUUGAUUAAUUUUAAGAGAUCUCAUUCUGCUCUUCAGCACCGUUAUUUCAAGGAGUUUCUUUCUGAAUGUGAUUCAGCAUAUUCUGACUUACUGCAACACAACAACGUUCGUUGGCUAAGUAAAGGUCAAGUUAUUGAACGUUUCUGGCUAAUAAAAGAACAUGUAACCUCCUUCUUGCAAAACUUAGAUACUCAGGGAGCCAGAAAGCACUUUGAGUUCAUAAAAAACAAGCGCAAUAUGCUGAUUGUGGCUUUUCUAAAAGAUAUUUUGAAAUAUUUAAAUGCGCUCAACACAGAGUUACAAGGAAAUGGAAAAUUAAUAUGUGAUCUGAUACAAAGCGUGUCUGCUUUUCGUCGCAAGCUGGAUAUCUUUGAAAAAGAUAUUGCAAGACAAGAAUUUAUUCGUUUUCCGACAAUUCUUGAAUAUAAAAAGGAGAACUCUGUAGAAGACAUUGCAGUGUUUGUAAAAUUUCUGGCCGAUCUUAAGAACGAAUUUGCUACAAGAUUCCAAGACUUUGCAGAGGUGAGCAAGCUGUCUCCGUUUCUUAAAUCGCCAUUUGAGGUUGAUGUAGCAGCAGAAUGGACAGAUGUGGCUGCCAAGUUGUUUAACCUGUCAAAGCCAUCACUUCAAAUGGAGAUAAUUGAUUUGCAAGAAGAUUUGUCUUUGCAAAUGUACAAAACGGUAUCCACUGAAGAAUUUUGGGCCAAACAUGUCCCAGAAAAAUAUGAAAAUUGCAAGAAACUAGCUAUAAAUUUAGCCACUAUGUUUGGCUCGACAUACGUAUGUGAAACAUCUUUCUCAAAGAUGCAUUUAUUGAAAAACAAAUAUCGUUCGAGAUUAACGGACGCCCAUCUAGAAGACACACUUCGAAUUUGCUGUUCCUCUCGAGAACCAAACUAUAAAAAGCUGGCUCAAGACUGUCGGUGUAGUUUCUCACAUUAA